CUCCCGCCCAUCCGCUACCGCUCGCUCUCCCUCCUUCCUUAUCAUUCUCCGACGCUGUGGCUCAGUGUCUGUACCGUCUGGAGCGCAGAGCGGCUCCGUUACCGGCUACGGCGAGUGCUAAGUCAGUGACGGCAUAACUCGAGACCAAGCAAGCACCGAGCGUCAGGCAGUCACCACAGAGCAGCCAACAUGGGAAAUGAGGCAAGCUAUCCAUUGGAAAUGUGCUCACAUUUUGAUGCCGAUGAGAUCAAGAGGUUAGGAAAACGGUUUAAAAAACUUGACUUGGACAACUCUGGUUCUCUGAGCGUGGAGGAGUUCAUGUCUUUGCCGGAGCUGCAGCAGAACCCUCUUGUCCAGCGGGUAAUCGACAUAUUCGAUACAGAUGGCAACGGAGAGGUAGAUUUUAAAGAAUUCAUUGAAGGGGUGUCGCAGUUCAGUGUCAAAGGUGAUAAGGAACAGAAAUUGAGGUUUGCUUUUCGUAUAUAUGAUAUGGACAAGGAUGGCUAUAUCUCCAAUGGUGAGCUUUUCCAGGUGCUGAAGAUGAUGGUUGGAAACAACCUCAAAGACACACAAUUACAGCAAAUAGUAGACAAAACUAUAAUCAAUGCAGAUAAAGAUGGUGAUGGCAGAAUAUCGUUUGAAGAAUUCUGUGCUGUUGUAGGAGGCUUAGAUAUCCACAAAAAGAUGGUGGUAGAUGUGUGACUCUCCAGAGCAGCACCAACACUUCUGCUCUCUUCUCCAUCUCUGAAGAUCUGCUCAAGACGUCCAGCAACGCUCUCUGUGUAUUUUAAAUGGAAGUAUUCUCUGUGAAGCCACAUUUUCCAACAUGAGCCUCAUGAAGCCAACUUAGUGUUAUUGAACUUUUUUAUCUCUCAAUAACUUGGUGUAGCACUUUAAAGUCUGAAGGACAGCAAGAUGGGGAAGAGUAUAUCAGUGUGGUGGGGAAAAAAGAAAGGGAGUUGGCUUUUUAUUUAUUUUUUCUUCUUUUAUAACAAGGAAUAUAUAUAUAGCUUUCUAUGUAGUCAUUAGGUGGGCUUUAAUUUAAUACUUGAGUCAAAAACACAACUAGUAUACAAAGUGCCAAGCAGAACAUAAGUUGUUCAGUACAUGAAUACAAAUCCUUACUUUUACUUCACACAGUAGUAUAUUAGUGUGUUUAUGUAUGUGUAUAUAUAUAUAUAUAUGUGUGUGUGUAUAUAUACAUAUAAUAAACUAUCAUGUGGGUGUCUGGUCGAUGGGAUAUUUUUCUGUGAUCCUUUUUUUUCUUUUCAUUCUUGUUAAUUCUUAUAUUGGUAUAUUAACAGGCUGAUCAACACUGUUGCUUCCUGUUAAUUUACAUGUCUCUUUUCUUCACACAGGAAAUGUAUAUGUUUAAUUUAUACACGUUACUCUAGUACCGUUACUCUAUUAAAAUUGCUUUUUUAUGUGCAUGUAGCACCUGCACAGUGCUUGGGUCCCAUUCAGCUUUGCCAAGUAUCUAGCUUCAGAUGCCCUCUAAGAGGACCUGUUUUAUAUACAUAUAUGUUUUUUUUUCAUUCAUCAAUGCUGAAAUGUCUUACAUCAACACUUAACGCAUACGUUCUUUUCUAUUUUACAAGCAUUGGUAUUUUUACAAUUAAACAUGUUAGUGGGGUUCAACCCAUUGAACUUAUGCUCACCCCCUGUCAGAAACGUAACAACAUUACUGCAGGCAGCAUGGCUGGUAAAAUCUUCAUUUCUAUAUGUGUAUAGGAGAGGGAAUUCCUUGUUUAGGAGAAAUGGCUUUCUCCUCUUCUGUAAUUGCCCCAUCUCCUUUUUUGUGCAUGUCUAUAGAAUACAUAUUUUGUGUGAUCUAAAAGUAGCGAGACAUUUUCUGCAACUUUCUAAUCUCUCCCUUUUCUGCUCUGGUACUAUUGGCUGGAAAAAACAUUAACAAAUUAUUUAAGGUAGUAAAUCUUUUGGACGCAUAUCCGGUUUUCUUCUUCUUUUUCUAUGUAUUAAAAUGGAAAGGAGCAGGUUAACGUACAUUGUAAGCGCCUACCUGCCAUAGCUGUCCCUUCUACUGAGUGCUGCACAUCAUGGGCUCUGUCUGUGCGAGAGAAAUCCAGGUGCUUGGUGUCCUUGCAUGACAUGGAGUUUUGCAUGCAGAACGAAUGAAAUGUUCCUCUUGUUUACAUAAAUUGCAUUCUAUAUGGUUAAAAGGAAAAAAAGGAAAUGUUGCCAAACUUUGGUACAUGUUUAUGUUCAAACAGUCCCCACUAUGUGUAACUUUGUUCCUCUGGAUCAGAACGUGGUUAAUGAUCCCAGCCAGUGGUUGUCUUCUCCAGUGUCACCUGCCGCGUGCUCAGCUUCUAGGGGGUGGAACGGUUUAAUAUUUUUCUUUUUUUGUACAUAAGUCGUGUUUAUAAAUAUUCUAGCAAAUGCUUUCUAUUUCUCUUGCUUGUGCAUAUCUUGGCUAGUGUUUAAGAAAAUAGCAAAUAUUUCCUUUAAUGGAGAUUUUUUUUUUUCUAGGGUUUUUGUUUGUGUGGGGAAAUGGUUAAUGUUGAAUGUUUAUUUUUUUUCCCUCUGCAUGCUAUAUAACUUGUAGGAACAAUAGAACUUGAUACUGUAUGAAUAAAAAAAAAUGAAAUUUGUUGUACUGUU